CACCGCGGGUCGGGCCCCGCCGCGCAGCCCCCCGCUGGCCAGCACCCAGCCACCCACCCGCGGGCACGGCUCCCGUGCGCGGCACCGCGCCGACGGCGUCACCCACGGUUCCGAGCCCGCGGGACGCCCCGUUUCCACCACCCCUGCGUCGCACCGCACCGCACCGCCCGCCGCGGCUCCGUGCCCCCCGGCAGCGUCGGCACAACUUGCCGCCUCGCCUGCGCCUCCGAAACACGCUGACCCCCACCGCGCCGACACGAGCGACGCGGCCCUCGCAUCUGUCGCCGCUGCCUUCCCUUGCCCACGCACGGUCCCGUCUCCGCUGGGACCCCCGAGGAGCGCCGCCAGAAUCGCCCUGCGGGAACCGGGCCGGGGGUCCCGGACUGCCGAGACAGCCGCCGCCGCGGUCCCCAAGCCCCCGCUUACCGUCUGCUGCCCUAGAAGGAGGCCUCGCUCCCCGACACCCGCAUCCCGCUGCCGCCCUUGCCCCGGCGUGGGACCCUGCCGUACAUGCCCUCUCGUGCAGCGAGAGGAAACAGAAGUGGGGUGCUCCCGCUGCUGCUUCGGCACCCACGGCCCGCUCUUUAUACCCCACACCCUACAUCUCCCAGGAGUCGCCAUGGAUCUGGUGCUGGACGCCGCCGACCGGCAUCUCCUCACGCCCUACGUGUACCCCGCCGGCUGGUCCGAAGGCGAGCCCUGCCGCCAGCUCCUCAGCCUCUUCGUCAUCACCAACCUGGGGGCGCUUGCCCUCUACCUGCUCUUCGGCACCCUCAGCUACCACUUCAUCUUUGACCACAACCUCAAGAAACACCCCCAGUUCCUAGAGAACCAGGUGCGUCGGGAGAUCGCCUACGCGCUGCGCUCCCUCCCCUGGAUCAGCGUGCCCACCGUCGCCUUGUUCUUCGCCGAGGUGCGGGGCUACAGCAAGCUCUACGACAACAUCGAGGACUCCCCGUAUGUUUCCCCAGGCUGGUCUGGCGUCUUCCUCAGCAUGCUGUCCUUCCUCUUCUUCACCGACAUGGGCAUCUACUGGAUACACCGCGCUCUCCACCACAAACUGCUCUAUAAGCGCUUCCACAAGCCCCACCACCUCUGGAAGAUCGCAACGCCCUUCGCCAGCCACGCCUUCCACCCUGUUGAUGGCUUCAUGCAGAGCCUGCCCUACCACGUCUACCCCUUCCUCUUCCCCCUGCACAAAAUCACCUACUUGGGCCUUUACAUCUUCGUCAACGUCUGGACCAUCUCCAUUCACGACGGCGACUACCGCGUCCCCCGCCUCCUGCGGCACGUCAUCAACGGGUCAGCCCACCACACCGACCACCACUUGUACUUCGACUACAACUACGGGCAGUACUUCACCCUCUGGGACAAGAUCGGCGGCUCCUACAAGAGCCCCACAGCCUUUGAGGGCAAAGGUCCCCACGACUACUUGCGCAAGCUCCAAGAAAAAGGCCCGGGGGUGCCCAACGGCCCCCCGGCCGCCAAGACCGAGUAGGGACCCCCCGGCUGGGCCCCUCUCCAGGACGAGCUUCCCUGGCCAGAUCUCGUCCCUUUCCUCCCGGCCGCUCAAGACUACUUUCUCACGGACAAAGAGCCCCCGUCCCCCGAUAGCGUGACCGACGCGGGGUGAUUCUCGGCGAGCACCCCAGCCCACCCCCGCUCCCGCCCCCCCCCCCGUGAUGGUGGUGCCCGGCCUCACUAGCGAGUUACGGCCUCCCUCUACGUCGCGGACCUGCCCCGCUCCCCCCGUCGCUCCCCCUCCCUCCUUUGUGUCUUUGCUAAGGUCCCUGCGCUGCUUUAGGACUGUGCUGCUGCUGCUUUACAAAAACAAGGACGUGGCGCAAAUGCAACAAUAACUUUGGCACGAAUAGAACAAUAAUGUGGCUCCUGGCAGGGUCUCCCGUCUCUCUGUGCCGCGUGCCUUCGUUGCCGGCUGAUUCGUCGUCGUCGCUGCCGCGGAGCCCGACGGGACGAGUCGAGUAGAGUUGAGAGACUGACGAUGCUGCAUUUUGUUCUGAGUUGUGUCUCGCGAAAAAAAGCCGCAAACGCCUACUUUUCGGAGAUGGCGCGGGGCCUCCCGACAGCUCAGCCUCGAGAUGCAGCGGGACUCCGCGGCCUUCGACACGCUCUCCUCUUCCCUCUGACGCAGGGACGUCCGGCGGGGCGCUGACAGGACGCGUCCCAGAAAUGGCAUGCCUGUGGGACAAAGAUGCGUGUUGGGUCCCUCGAGCUCCCCGAGAACUUCUGGGAUGGGGGGGGCGGGAGGAGGAACAGGCACAUGAGGGUUCGUGGCCGGCCUUCCCCCCGAACGUCCGGCGUGAUUCCCACCAAAACCCGGUCACCCUGCCGUUGGCUCUGACCUGCGCUCAAUAAAUCUCAGUUGCCGA